UGCAGUACAGUAUGAGCAAUAUACGCAGAAUGCGGAGAACUGAAGUUGCGUGUACUGAGUGUCGGCGCCGGAAACUCAAGUGUGAAGGGUCACGACCAAAUUGCUCUCGGUGCCAGGACCUACAUCUAGAUUGCUCUUACAUACCGUCUCCGGGUGGCAGUCGUGUGACAAAAACGGCACGGGCUGGAAACCGGGGUGAUUUGCUCAAAAGAAUAGAGACACUCGAGGGGAAACUUCAAGCGGUUACAGACCCCCAAUUGCCAUUGACUGACGACACACCCGGGUGCAGCCAGAGAGACCAAGAACCUUGUGACCAGGAGACGGCCGUAGACGAGGGCGUACCCGUAGACGUACUAUCAACGAACGCCUUGACAGAAACAUCAGAUAGUGAAGUUGGUUUUUUCGGGCCUAGCUCCAACUAUGCGAUGUUUCGUCUGGUAUCAAGAAUCUUUGCCCAAACAACAAUGAUGUACCUACCAUCAAACGAGGUGGCACAGAACCUGGACUCGUGCUACCACUGUGUCCAGCAUCAUAGUGAUAUUUCAACUAUGGCGGCGUGUAGUUCAGGGGCGAGAGCGACACCGGCGCCGAAUGAGCUGUAUACGCUGCCCCCGAAGGAAGAAGCCACGCUUCUUCUCGACCGGUUCUUCUGCACCAUCAAUAUGGUACUCCCAUAUAUCAGCAAGUCAGAUUUGCUCGAGGAGUACCAUAAAGCAACAGAGCAGCGUCCCCCAAAAUUCCGCCGAGUGUUACUUGCACUACUAAACAUUGUCUGGGCACAUGCGUCCGCAUCGUUGGGUAAUCCACGGCAGGAGGAUUUCUACCGGAGAUCUGUGGCACUACUGGACUCGAGAACCAUAGAGCGUCCGAGCUAUGAGUUGGUCCAGGCACUGCUCCUCGUGGUCGAAUACAAGCAGAAUCACCAGCGCUCGAUAUCCAGCUAUACAACUCAUGCGCUAUGUGUGAAGGCUGCUUUCCACGUUGGGCUCCAUUCUAAGAUUCCCACAGCCUCGUGUAGACCAGGCGAAAGUAAUCUUCGCUUGCGUCUCUGGGAUGGUGUAGUCAUGAACGAUAGGGAAGUACUCAGCUCGUGUGGAGCUAUCCAGCAGGCUAAUAAUGGGUGCAGGGUUAUGGGUUUGACGCAAGGCCGGCCGUUCAUGAUUCCGCAAUCUAUUAGUGCAGUCAACAACGAAGUGGCCCCCAAAGCAAAUCCGACCACCAGCGAUCUUUACAUUAUCCAUCUCGCGUCGUCUCAUUCUGUUAUUGAACAGGCCAUAGAAUCGUUGUAUGGCGGUAACUUAGAGCUGAUGGAGCCGCCAAAGAUCCAGACUCUGAUCUCUCCUUGGAUGGAUUUGAGUUGGCGUAUCGAAGAGUGGUCUGAUAAUUUAACCUCAGUCGGAGGGCUUAUAUCAGGGUCCGAAUUACCGACGUGUCCAGGAACGACCGAUGGUCGCAUUGCGGCACGGGUGCUCUUGACAAUUCAAUACUAUCGGAUGCGUAUGCUCGCUAAUUUCCCUCUCAUUUCACAGUUCCUCCUUUCGACUAGGGAGUCUACUAAUGAGCCCCGGGCGCUUGACCGUCUGAGACAGAGGUUGCCCUUUGUUGUCCAGGAUGACUGGCAUGCUGUGCGCGAACUGCGAAGGGUAAUAUCUGUGCUCAGCAACACCCGCGCGACGUUCACCAGUACCUUUGCUGCUUGGUACACCUGCAACUAUUCGAUGCUCACCAUCGCGCUACAUUACUUUGUAAUUCUUCUUGUUACAAAGCACGAACCAGGUGUUCUUGAUGUCAGCUCCGCCAUCGCGGUUCGCCAGGAGAUAGACGAGACGCUCAAUGUUAUGGAGACCCUUGGGAGAUCCAGCUUGAUCACACAGAAGGCGGGCUGUUGCAUUAAGCGACUUUUGGCUAUAUUCGAUACACUUGGAGACGAACUCAGGAUAGUGCCCUCAGUUUCCCUCGACUUUUGGGAUAGCGAUUAUAUCCUACAAAAUAUCGGACGCCCCUCCAGCGACUUCCUUACCACAUUCAGCCGGGACGAAUUCGACCAGCAGGAUCCAUCAUUCCUCGAGCUAUACUCUAGCAUCCCGCUGUGCGAGUAG